CGCUCCUCCUCCAGUUCCAGCUGCCGCCGCCGCCGCCGCUUCCUGGGUUGAGUCCGCCCGCGGUCCCGGCGGCUCCAGGUGUGUUCUCGCUGUCCAGCUCCUGCCCGAAUCCGCCGCCGCCGUAGCUGCCCCGGGCUCCCCGCCCCGCUGCCGAGAUGGCGACGCGCUCCUGCCGGGAGAAGGCUCAGAAGCUGAACGAGCAGCACCAGCUCAUCCUGUCCAAGCUGCUGAGGGAGGAGGACAACAAGUACUGCGCCGACUGCGAGGCCAAAGGUCCUCGAUGGGCUUCCUGGAAUAUUGGUGUAUUUAUUUGCAUCAGAUGUGCUGGAAUCCAUAGAAAUCUUGGAGUUCAUAUAUCCAGGGUCAAGUCAGUCAACCUAGAUCAGUGGACACCGGAACAGAUACAGUGCAUGCAAGAUAUGGGAAAUACUAAAGCAAGACUACUCUAUGAAGCCAAUCUUCCAGAGAACUUUCGAAGACCACAGACAGAUCAAGCAGUGGAAUUUUUCAUCAGAGAUAAAUAUGAAAAGAAGAAAUACUAUGAUAAAAAUGCAAUAGCUAUUACAAAUAUUUCUUCUUCUGAUGCUCCUCUUCAGCCUUUGGUAUCCUCGCCUUCUCUACAAGCUACUGUUGAGAAAAACAAAUUGGAGAAAGAAAAGGAAAAAAAAAAGGAAGAGAAAAAGAAAGAAAAGGAGCCAGAAAAGCCUGCAAAACCUCUUACAACUGAAAAGCUGCAGAAGAAAGAAGAUCAGCAGUUGGAGCCCAAAAAAAGUACUAGCCCUAAAAAAGCUGCAGAGCCCACUGUUGAUCUUUUAGGACUUGAUAUAUGUUGUCUGCCUGAUGGCCCUGCUGAGGCACCAGUGACCAAUGGGAACACAACCACAUUGCCGUCCCUGAAUGAUGAUCUAGACAUCUUUGGACCAAUGAUUUCUAAUCCCUUACCUGCAACUGUCAUACCCCCAGCUCAGGGGACGCCCUCUAUACCUGCAGCUGCCACUCUGUCUGCAGUAAUAUCUGGAGAUCUGGAUCUGUUCACUGAGCAAGCUACAAAGUCAGAAGAGGUGGCAAAGAAACAACUCUCCAAAGACUCCAUCUUAUCUUUGUAUGGUACAGGAACCAUUCAGCAGCAGAGUACUCCUGGUGUGUUUAUGGGACCCACAAAUAUACCAUUUACCUCACAAGCACCGACUGCAUUUCAAGGUUUUCCAUCAAUGGGUGUGCCUGUGCCUACCCCUGCAGCUCCUGGCCUUCUCGGAAAUGUGAUGGGACAGAGUGCAAGCAUGAUGGUGGGCAUGCCCUUGCCCAAUGGGUUUAUGGGAAAUGCACAAACUAGUGUGAUGCCACUUCCUCCAAAUGUGGUUGGCCCCCAAGGAGGAAUGGUGGGACAGAUGGGUGCACCCCAGAGUAAGUUUGGCCUGCCGCAAGCUCAACAGCCCCAGUGGAACCUCUCACAGAUGAAUCAGCAAAUGGCUGGCAUGAGUAUCAGUAGUACGAACCCAACAGUGGGUUUUGGCCAGCCCCCCAACACAACAGCAGGAUGGUCUGGAAGCUCAUCGGGUCAGACUCUCAGCACACAGCUGUGGAAAUGAAAACUGCAAUGCAAGUUUCAUCCAGAACUACCACCUGACAUUCCUUGCUAAAAUGCAUCUAGUUCCCCUGUUUAUUCAUGUACAUAUAUAUUUUUUCUUUUUCCCCAUUUGUUCCUAUUAAGAAUUAUCUGACUGACCGUGUUGGUCUGUACUGAUUAAAUUUGAUGUGAAAAGCAGGUUGAGAAACCAUUUUAUGUCAAGGGCAGCUUUGCUCAUUUCCCAUGAUUUCAUAAACCACAUUAUUUGAGAAGCUGCUCAGUCAACUUGCAUAAUCAGUUUUACUCUCAAUAAAAUUAUAGCUGUAAUGUCUGCAUAUAAGGGAAGUAGUUAUCAUGUAAGUAAUACCUCUAACAGUAUAAACACCACCCCCAAAUUAGCCAGUAAUCCUUAGGAAGGUACUGUAUGAUCAAAUGUUUCAUCAUAUAAAUAGAAUGUAAAUGUAUCACUGAGCACUGUUUUCUAGUGUAUCAAAAUUCUUUUAUUUCAUCAUUCACUUCACUGUGCUGUUGUUAUGAUGUGCUUAACAGGGAACGUGGUUAGUGAAAGGAAGAUAAACCUGGAUGUUACUACAAAACUUAGUUUAACGAAUGUUUAAAGAACUCAAAUUUCAUCUGCCUCUCCUGUAAUUUGGAUCUCUUCUUAUGUACAUAGUGCUAAUAACAUGAAGACCUUUCUCUGCACUGUAUGCAAACAGGGUAACUAAACAAGCCACUUUCAAUCCUUGAAGGUAUAUCCAGGUUUAUGACAGUAAUUGUGUUUACAUUUUAUGGUGCCUAGUAUUGACAAAAUGUUAUAUCCCUAUAUUAAACAGAUGAAUCCAUA